AUGCCGCUUCGUGCCAAGAUCCUGGCGCCGGCGUCGCCCUCUGCCCGCACCAUGGCGACGGUUGCCUCGGCACCGGUCUCUGCGGCGACUGAUGUGUCGGACCGGCUCUGGAAGGAGCAGCCGGGCGACGAGCCCGAGGAUGUGCUGUUCACCAGCCUGUACGGCCUGCGCACGAUCGAGCUGAACCGGCCGCGCAAGUACAACUCGCUCAACGCGUCCAUGAUCCGCAAGAUCGGCCCCCGCCUGCAGGAGUGGGCCAAGUCGGACAUGGCCAACAUCAUUGUGAUGAAGGGCGCGGGCGACAAGGCCUUUUGUGCCGGCGGCGACGUCACGGCCCUGGCCGAGGCCAACCAGCGCGGCCUCGAGGGCCAGCAGUGGUCGGCCGACUACUUUGCCCUCGAGUACAAGCUCGACCACCUGAUUGCCACCUACGACAAGCCCUACGUCGCCUUCAUGGACGGCAUCACAAUGGGCGGCGGCGUCGGCCUCAGCAUCCACGCGCCCUUCCGCAUUGCCACGGAGCGUACCGUGUUUGCCAUGCCCGAGACCAACAUUGGCUUCUUCCCGGACGUCGGCGGCUCGUUCUUUUUGCCGCGCCUGCCGGGCGCCGUCGGCACCUACCUGGCCCUGACCAGCGAGCGCCUGACGGGCGCCAACGUGUUCUACGCCGGCCUGGCCACGCACUACCUGCACUCCACCAGCCUGCCCGGCCUCGAGGCACGCCUGGCCGAGCUGCGCUUCCACGACUACGACCCCGUCGAGACGCGCCUCGCCACCAUCAACGCCACCAUCGAGGAGUUCACCACGGGCCUGCCCCGGGACCAGCCCAUUCUGCUGGCCGGCAGCCUGCGCAACGCCAUCGACCGCUGCUUUGGCCACGACAGCGUCAACGACAUUGUCGCGGCUCUGCAGGCCGAGGCGUCGGCGCCCCUGGAGGGGGAGGGGGCGAGCGCGAGCGAGGCCGGCGCUGCGGCCGGCGAGGCCACGCGCACGUGGGCCGCCAAGACGCUCAAGACGCUGCAGCACCGCUCGCCCACGGCCGUGCACGUCAGCCUGCGCCAGAUGCGCAUCGGCGGCCGCUGGAGCAUUGCCGAGACGUUCCAGCGCGAGCACCUGAUUGCGUCGCGCUUCAUGCGCCAGCCCGACUUCACCGAGGGUGUCUCGUCGCUGCUGAUCCGCAAGGACAAGGGCCGCCCCGCGUGGAAGCCGUCGACGCUCGACGACGUUGCCGCGUCGGACAACCUGACGGAGCCCUACUUUGCCCCCGACCGGAGCGCCGAGGACCCGCCCGCGCUGCGGCUGCUCAACGCCCGCGACUACCGCGAGCGGCCCUACGGCGAGCUCAACAUUGGCCUGCCGAGCGAGGCGCACGUGGCUGCGCUCGUCAACGACGGCGUCAAGUCGCAGCGCGAGAUCAUCAACCAGAUUGUCGGCCAGUACCGCGGCAAGCAGGGCGUCAAGGAGGUCGUCACGGAGAUUAUCGAGCGCAAGACGACCAAGGGCGAGCGGGGCGAGGCCGUCUGGCUGGACGAGGCAUAA